AUGAGCAGCUCACGGAGCCGCAGCCCAAGCUGCAACAGCGACCUGAGCUGGGAGGAGGUGAACUUCGCGGAAUACGAAGAGCUCUCCGACGAUGACUUGCGCGAUGCCGUCGUGGUAUCUUCACGAGAAGCUACGCCAGCUGCACCACGCCCCGAUGAGACCCGCUCCGUGUCCGAGGAAUCUGAGAGCCCCACAAUUUCGUCAAGGGACGGCUCUGAGACCCCGCAAACUCCGACAGAGGUGCAGUACUUCGACCUGACCAAGCAGCCGGUCUUCACCCACCCGAACACUGCCGCGCGCAUUCUCCAAGCUUGGUCGGAAGACCUGGUGCCAUCUUUUGCCUUGUUGAAGCGCGUUGAAUUCCUGGAUGUCCAGACUUCAGUCGGGAUCGGAGCCUCAGCGCGUCGGCAGGAAGACGACAUCAUCGAAGAGUUAGCAUGCUCAAGCAUGCAAGCAUCUGCGAGCCAUGACGCUGCCCCUGGCCUUGAAGCCAUUCGGGUCCACAUCGAGGGUCAGGGAGAUGUGAAAGGCCGGGUCCGUGAGGGUGUCGUACGCUUUCUGGGCAUCCCCUAUGCCGUCGCCGAACGCUGGAAGCCGCCCCAAGCUCCGCCCCCCAGGCGCGAGCUGCCCCACAGGCUGGCUAGAUGUCCCCAGCCAGGGCAGGCAGGCAAAACCUACGAGGGCUAUGCCCUUGAAGAUGACGAAGACUGCUUGCAACUGAACAUCUGGACACCGCUGGGUGCCAUUCAAAACAGCACCCCGAAGUUGCCCGUCCUGGUCUACAUCCAUGGUGGUGGAGGAAAAUCACAUUCAGCGCAUUGCCCUAGGGAAAGUGGCCACCAGCUCGCCCUCAAGCAAGGCGCAAUGAAGGGAUACAGAAUCCACAUAUCUCGUCAUAUUCCGCACGCGUGUACCCACGGCAGUCAAAUCAUCUACUCUACCAGCAGCACCCUGAACAGAGGCCUCUGCUGCGUCAACAUCAACUACCGCCUCGGGAUCUUUGGUUUCCUGGCUCACCCGGAGCUGUCGCAGGAAGACCGGGAGAGCAUGUCGCGUGGGAGCGAAGCAGGAUCAGGGAACUAUGCGAUUCUGGAUCAGCUCUGUGCAUUGAAAUGGGUGCAGCGCCACAUUGACAGCUUCGGUGGAGACUCCUCGAAUGUGACCAUUUGGGGCCUGUCCUCCGGCGCUCAGUAUGUCUCGACUUUGUUGGUGUCGCCUGCCGCUUCGGGGCUCUUCCACAAAGCUAUGGUGCAGAGCUGCGCUGACCUGAACAACGUGCGCCAGCUAGACUCCUCUUGUGACGUGUGGCUGGGGAAGACGGCCGAGGCUUGGGGCGCGUGCCUGGCGGAGGAGCUGGGCUGUGCGGCUGGGCCUGGUCAGCUGGCGGCCCUGCGCGCGCUGCCGGCGGCGGCUCUGGUGGCCAAGACUUGGGCUGCGGCGGCUAAGGACUGCUACGAGCCAAGCAUCGACCGAAGGGACCCCGCGCUCUCCGUGAAGCCUCGAUCCUCUGUGGAGGCAUUGCAGGAAGGCAGAUAUCCGAGAGUACCGGUGCUUCUCGGUGUCACGGAGCGCGAUGGCUUGGGCAAGGUGGAGCUGGAGCAGACGCUCUUCCAGGAGGUGCGGAGCCGUUCGGAGCUCGAGGCGCUCCUGGCCCGAAACUUCCCGGACACCGGGCCCGACGCUGCCCUCGCGCGAUACUGGGAGACAAGGGAGCCGGAGGCGAAGGAGGCGAAGAAAGUGCAUGAAGCGCUGGGGAAACUGAGCAAUGAUCUCUGGUACUUUGCAGGCAGCUACUACAUGAGCCAACUGCUGGCACAAGAGACAACCGUCUAUUGCUACACCUUUGCCGGCUUGAAACAUAGUGCCCAUGGAAGCGAUGCGAUGUAUUGGAGGGGAAUGGUCAAAGGAAGUCUGCCUGUCCUUAUGUCCACUUACCUUGGAAACUUUGCGCGGUCGGGGGAUCCGAAUGGACCGGAUCUCCCCGCUUGGAAACCGGGAUAUCGUUCUCAGAUGCAUCUCGGAAAUCACACCGCGAUGCGGCAUCUUGAGACAGAGGCCUUGGAAUGGUACGAGUUCCUAGCCAGGGAGUACUUUUCCAAGGCAACGGCCUGUCUAACAUCUAUCAAGGCACCCCCGAGCGGCGAAGGUGUUGCUCUGCGUGCCCUGGGUUCAGCCCAGUGGGACCUUUGGGAGCGACAGAUGGAAGAGGACAUGCCGCUGAUUUGGGAGAACCUCGACAGGCGCUGGCUGAUCUAUACGAUGCUCCUCUGGCUGGUACUGACCUUCUCCUUCCAGUUUCACGUGCCAAUGGCUGUGGCCAACUCCUCAAGUGCUGCCCAGGCGUCCAAGACUCCCGUGGUGCAGUCCAAGUCCGCCACGGCCAUCAACGCUUCGAAGAAGCUCCUCCUGCUGCCGAAGUAUCAGAUCCCCAACUUGGGAUCCAGCCUCUCCUAUCGACUCAAGAGCAACUGGACGGCGGCCAUCAAAACGCAGACAGCCUUGGUUAUUCGGGUGAAGACCCGCCUCGUGGCCGCCACGAUCACGGAUGUUGCGGAGGUUGGCCAUCUGUUUGGCGAUGCGGAGAGCGCUUGGCUGAGCGAAGCCAGGGUGCGGCUGGCACUCGGCACCGGGAAGGCCAUCUGGUCACGAACGAGCGAGCUCGAACCGAGCCUUUGGCCAUGGAGCUUUCCAUCGCCCCGGCGCCCCUCCUCCGUGGCAGGACUCCUUCCGCCACCAAAGCCCGUGAAGCAGGGCGCGGACUUCAAAGUGUGGUGGUGGCUGUUGCGGCAGAAGAUUGCCGGGGAGAUUAUGGAGACUUAUGCGAAGUUGCCAUGCCUCACCACUCCGAGUGCUCAAGUUCCAUUGCUGACCUGGACGCCGCAGCCGAAGACACUAAAGCUACUUCCACUGCUCCACCUUCAACCAGACCUUCGCAUCGCGCCCAAGCUAUUGCUCAUGGUCCGUCCAAGCACUUCCUUGACCACUCGAAUGUUCUUCAAUCAAUGGCAGCCGGAGAUGCCUGACCUACUGCCCGCGGCCCCUCUGCGUCCAACUCAUCUUCCUUGUUUGGACUGCUUGGCUGCUGUCUCCCACAAGGUCCAGGUGAGCCCGGCAUACUCAUUGCCAUUGACCAUAUACAAUGCAAACGCCACGAAGAGGAAGGCUGAGAAAGAGAGGCGUGAGAGCCAUGCCGGUGCCAAGCGCCUGCAGAAGGGCCUGCGCAAGGCGAAGAAGAAGGCGGAGGGGAUCCUCGAAAAGUCCAGGAUGCAGGCUCUGCACCACCUGGAGAAGGCCCGCAAGGCCUUCGAGAGGAAGGUGGAAUAUGCUCGACUGGCUGCUGGCGGAUGCAUGGACUGA